CCGAUGGAAGAGGCACUGAGCGACGUUGAAACGAGAAAAGACGAUGAUGUUGCUUCAUCCUGGCCUUCAGGAGAUGAGCUGGAUAGCCAUUCUCUCACUGCGGCAUUCGUCAAUAGUCAUCAGAACGACUUCGCUCCUGAUCCCAAUACCGCGGAGUCUGGUAUUCUAGCUCGUCUUGUUCGUGGGUGUCUUGACAUAUUUGCUACAUUAACGAAGGAGAACGAUUACCUUCGUUCCCUGCAACGAAGAGACCAAAACAUCAUCAAGCGAAGUCAUGACACACUUCGGCUAUGGACAGACAGUCAUGGUGUUCGUGAGGGAAAGCUCGAUCAUGCUCUUGAACGUUCCAAGACACUUCGGGAUACAACGCUUUUGACUCUGAGCAGUCUCUGUGGGGCUCUGUUGGCCUGUUCGCGUAAACUCGGCCCGCGCAAUGCCUCCGAUACUUCUACCGCAAUCCGAGACGCUCAAAUUCUCUACGAUCAGACAAGAUACGUCCUUGCCAGCUCCGACGAGGAUACAAGCGAUAGCGACGUGGAUUCCGACUCAUCAUCAGAAGAUCUCAAUGAUGAUCUCCGCGGUCAUCUUGUGAGCGAGAUCAAAACCUACAUCAACUGUUUGGUCGAUCUUGACACAGCCUUGGAGUGUCCAGCAGUAGACCCUGGGCACGUGGACGAACCCGUUCAUCCAAGACUGGAAGAACGAUCGGCAUACGAGUAUUAUGCUGAGCUGAUCCAAUCCAAAUUCCCGGAAGUCGGUUCGGACCUGGCAGAAUGUCUAGGAAAGGCAAACUGGGACAGAUAUAAGCGGCUGAAGGAUAUACGAGAGCGCAACGAAAGUCCCCAGGUUGUCCCUUUCGUGAGCGAGGUAAAAUCUACGGCAUCCAAAUCGUUCAAGGAUUCAGGCUUGGGAACAACAGCUUACGCUGAAAGUGUCGUGUCCAUUAUCUCUUAUGUUUCCAGUUUGUCAAAUGGAGAAAGAGUGAAGAUCCCGCCAUUACCCGCUGAAGCAAAGAACGGAGAAAAGUUCGAAUGUAAUGCCUGUGGAGAUCUCAUAGUCGCUACAACAAACCGCGCAUGGAGGAAACAUAUCUUCAACGACCUGCAGCCUUAUACAUGUUUCUACUCGGAUUGUGGUUUCAGCACUGUUCCAUUCGUUGACCGCCGUCUUUGGAUCGACCAUCUCGAUAUCGAACACAACUUUGGACCGGACUGGGAAAGCAAACAAUGUCCUCUAUGUUUGGAGCCCACUGGAACUGGGAAAUCGACGAAUCUCGUUCAUUUCUCCAGGCAUAUGGAGGAAAUUGCUUUAGCUUCUCUCCCACGCGGUGUUGACUCGGAAACCAACUCGGAGGCAGGGACGAGCUCGGUGUCAGAUGCUAAUUCCGUUCCCGACGUCGAUAUCACCAUUUUUCAAGAUCAAACUCAAAGCCUUUUCUCAUCCCACUCCGACGAUCAAGACUCAAAAGCACUCAAAGAAGUUAAGAUCUCAAGUUACUGGAGUGUUCGAGAACAGGAAGGAUUUGAGGAAUUGGUGGCACUUUUUGGUAGUGACUGGGAUACUAUAGCAGGGCGCCUGCUGACAAAGACCCCCAUCAUGGUCAAAAAUCAUUACCUGCGUAUUGCGGGAAGUGUGAAGGGAGCGCAUCUUUCAAGACUUGCAUACGAAGCUGACAUGAAGCGUGAGAAACGUGAAGACAUAGUGCAAGUGCCAAUCCUGAAUGAAACCUUCGAGCAGCUGCAGCAUUCCGCCCAGGCACAGUAUGAGACCUACGGCGAGGAGGAUAGAGGUUUGCGGGAUUCGCUGGAAAGACGCUUCGCUCCCCUGCAAGCAGACGGAGCAGAAUCUGCAGCUUAUUCAGGGUCAUCCGGUAGCCCUGCAGCUGUAGCUACUGAACACGAUAGUCCAAACAGCCCGAUACCCAAUCAUUCAAGUCUAGAUCCAGGAAAUGUUGUCCGUACCCAUCCUUUAUAUAAAUCGAAGCCCAAAAAAGACGGGACCUACCACUGCCCUUUCGAGGGUCAAUCUAGUUGCAGCCACAUGCCAACAGCCUUGAAAUCCAGCUUUGAUAAAUACGUCGACUCACACUUAAAGCCUUACCGGUGUGUGCGAGAAGAUUGCGCUGAUGUUGUGUUUUCUUCCACUGCGGAACUCCUCCGUCACGAGAGAGAAGCACAUGGUUUGCAUGGCCAUGUAUUGAACCCCAAUCUGUGCUAUUAUCCCAACUGCGAGCGUUCGAUGGCAGGCAAGGGUUACAGAAGACGAUACAAUCUCAUUCACCAUAUGAAACGUGUACACAAAUAUACAGAACCCUCGUCUUCGCGACAUGAGACUUCUGAUACAGUUUCCUUGAGAAAAUCACCACCGCCUCAUGCCAUUGACCCAUCUACUGGUGCUUCGUCGGCCAAGCAUGUCAUAUUUAGCAGGCCAUUUACUGGUGAUGUCCGUUACGAGUCGAUGAAGUUCUUUAUUUUGCCCUUCUAUUCAACAGAUUCGAUCAUCAGCACAGUCAAGCAUUUUUAUGGUAUCAAAGACCGCGCAGGAGUCAUUUUCGAAGACAGCAAUGGAGCCAUGGUCAUCCCGAGCUACGAGAAUCUUGUUCAUGACAUGAUUGUCCAUGUUCGAUUCACAGGAGAGGCAAGACCUGAGACUAGCUCGAACGCCAGACAGUCCAUCCCACAAAAAGCGUACACGCCGUCUAAAAGAUCAGAUCGUCCCCGAAGAGCAAAUGACACUAGUUCUGUAGGCGAACGCAGAAUUCCCAUCGGAGAUUGGAGGACCUACGAGCCACCAGGAACCGUCUAUCUCCAAGCGCGAAGUGCGUACCAAUCCGAUGAUAAGACACAUUUAAACUUUCAAAAAGGUGCACAUAUACGGGUCAUUUCUCAGAAUGAGUCAGCCUGGUGGUAUGGAGCUAUCGACGAUCGCGUGGGCUGGUUCCCACCCGGCUACUGUGUCCAGGCUGAUUCCCCGUCGCAACGGAGAGCGCUUGCCUGCACCACCUGCGCAAAGGCAAAAACCAACUGUGAUAAGGCAGUGCCGUCGUGCUCUCGUUGUAGAGCGAAGGGGCUUGUUUGUGAACCUCGUUCAGCCCGCGUCACCCUUCAAGCUGUCUAUGACAAGCCUCAAGAAGGGUCUGUUGGAAUAGCCCAGCAAAGCGUCUCGGACUAUGCUGGUGCUGUAGAAGAGACCGCACAAUCUGAUGAAGACGUGUCUUCAAAAUUGCCUAGACGAAAUGCCGAACGCCGUCCUAUCGCUUGCACAACUUGCGCAAAGGCUAAAACAAAGUGCGACAAAGCAAGGCCUUCUUGUUCUCGCUGUACAGCAAAGGGGCUCAUUUGUGAACCUCGUUCCACUCGUCGUGCUAAUGAUGACAGCUACCGCAAGCCUAUCAACAAGUCUGUCUCUCCCAAGAGAUAUCCCGCUAAUUACCAUGAGUCCAACUGGCAAGAUACUGGUCAAAUGCCGCCAGACUUCGUUGACAUUGCGGGUUUUGAGGAGCAAAUAAGCCUACUCCGAGAGCAAAACAGAAAGAGGUUGCUUAAGGCUCGCGAAGAAGCGAAUCGCAUAAGAAAUAGUGGCGAUCUGCCAGACACGCUAUCCCCGCCAGGGUCUCAAUCACAAGAAAAGCUACCCCCAAACUCCGGGCAUCAGAAAACUAUUUCACAUCCACCAGAUCGACUUGAGACGACCGGUGAAUUACAUGAUACCGGUAACACAUCCCAACUUACCCGCUUGCCUGCUCGUGAUCUUGCGCAAAACGACAGUCUAGACGUUGAACAGCAGGAGCAGGACAACGUCUUGAGAAGCCGAGCGCAAUUAGACCCGCCGUCACAAGUAUCACAGGAGGAGCAAAUUCCAUAUUCAAUGUCCUCAGAAAAGAAGAAGAGUAUUGAUGAAGAUGAGAGUCCUCGAGACCCCCAACUAGAGGCCCUGUUACAGCAGCAACAGCAGUUCCAGCAGAGAGUAGAUGAACUCAAGAUGAGCCUUCAUAAGACUUUCGCAGAUGAUCAGAUUCAGAUACAGCAGCUGCUGCGGGAACGACAAAGGCAGAACACUACUUAUCCCACUCUGAAUAAGGACAACGACUCCAAAAAUGACAGUGAGCAGGAUCGCAUGCAGCUAAUGCUACUGGAUGAGCAAAACAAAAAACAAUUGUUGGAGGCUCCACAAAAGAAGGACAAUGACUUCAAGAGUGAGACUAUGCAGCAUCAUCAAAAGGAGCUAAUGCUACUGGAAAAAGGACUUUUGGACGUCCAAAAAAGUCAGAACAGCGGCUCCAACAAUGGGACAUUGCAAGAUCAUCAGAUGCAAUUGAUGCUAUUGGAGCAGCAAAACAAAAGAAGAUUACUGGAAGCCCGACAAAAGCAAGAAGUGAUGGCUAGCGGACGACAAGCUGCUCCAUCAGACUCUCCUCAACCUGAUGCCUACGUACCAGACACCAGCGUAUUAUCUCCAUCGAAUGGGGUAUCAGAGCCACAGAACACAGUCCCCCCGCCAAACGAUAUUGUCACCCUUCUCCUCGGCGAUCAAUAUCCUCCUCCCUCGUUUCAGGAAUCGCCUUCUUGA